AUGCUCGCGAUUCUGUAUGAUCCCGAUUCUCUCCUGCACAAGACAGUAGAACUUCUCAGUUCAAAGCUGGUACCUGCUUUCGAGUCUCCUGAACGUCUAGAUGCAAUUCUAAAGGCUCUGCACUUAUCCGAGUACGAUCUUCGUUCUAUUCAAUUCAGCACCACGGCAGACGCACCCCGCAAGGCCCGAUUAUUGGAGCUGGCAUCCACCAACCACAACGAGGGUUAUAUCCAACAUUUACAGACGGUGCACGAUGAUUGGGUCAAGGCUGGUCUGAUCGAAAGAGAGGGCCAUGUCCUUGCAGAAUGCUUCACCUACCCGGCAUCCACUGGGAAACCUUUGCGGCCCCCGAAAGAUCUCUACGCUCGAGCCGGAUAUUAUUCGUUCGAUUUGAGCUCCGGUGUCAUGUCGGAAACUUACAAGGCAGCCCUGGCUUCGGCGAACUUGGCAUUCGAAGGUGCCGACAUGCUGCUGGGUGUUUCAGAAACUAAUCCUUCUCAACUGGACACAAUAUUCGCCCUUUGUCGCCCACCUGGCCAUCAUUGCGAUGGUCAACGUAUUGGUGGCUACUGCUAUAUCAACAACGCCGCCGUUGCCGUGGCGACUUGGAGAAGUAAGUUUCCCGAUGCACGUAUUGCCAUCCUUGACAUCGAUUUCCACCACGGCAAUGGCACGCAGGAGAUCUUCUACUCGGAUCCCAAAGUCAUGUACGUGAGCAUCCACGGAGAAGACGAGUACCCUUAUUACACGGGAGCCGAAGAUGAGACUGGUAUUGAAAGUGGUCGAGGUUUCAACAUCAACUACCCACUCAAGGUGGGAAGUUCUCUUGACGAGUACCUUGAGAAGCUCCGUUCAGGUCUCAAGCACCUGUCACAACAUAAACCAGACUUUUUGAUCGUUAGUCUUGGCUUCGAUACCUUUCACGGAGAUCCCCUUGGCUCGUUCCAGAUCCAUACCGAGGACUAUGGACCUAUUGGGAGAAUCACUCGCCAGACCCUUCUGGGUAUACCUGCGUUGAUCCUGCUUGAAGGAGGAUAUGUUAUUCAGCAUUUGGGUGACAAUGUUCUGUCCUUUUUGAAAGGCUGGAAUCACACUACGCCGUGA